AGUAAAAGUAAGUAAUAUCAGCUACUUGCUGGACAAAACACAAAAGGCGAAUAAAAAUAUAUUUUGUUGUGGGUUUUGGGCAGUAAAUAAUUUAACUUAUCAAUAAACUAUAAAUUAAAAAUUUAAAACGGUUUUCUAGGAGGAAAGAUAUGGUUUUCAAUAUUUUAUUCAAGGAUCGUGUGACUAAACCACAAAAGAAAAUGUUAAUUUCUUUGCUGCGCGAAACGAAAUACAUGGAAGGUAAAAAGGAAAAGGAAUGGUAUUGGGAGAAAAUUCAAGCAGCACUGAAUACUAUAGGGCCGAAAAAAACCAUAAUUCAAUGGAAAAAGUGCUGGCGAGACAUGCGUUUAACUACGCGUAAAAAACUUGCUGAAAUGAAGCGGUGCCAAAUAGCUGGUGGAUCGCCCCCACCCGGAAUAGAGCUUAAUCAAGAAGACAAUGACAUAAUCGAUAUUGUAGGCUCUGAAUAUUUUUACGAGGAAAUGAGCGGUGAGCUUAAACCUGAAAAUUUCAUGACAGGAUUUGAAUAUGUGCCAGAACAAUUUUGUGAUGCUAUACUAUCCGCUGCUGCUGUAAGUAGUAGCCAAAAUAAUAAAGAUGCUGGUCAUCCUUCACAAGACGUACAUGAUGGGGAUGGUACCGAGCCUAGUGUAACAUCCAAUCAAGAACACCAACAUGGAGGCAAUUUUCCCGGGUCUGCAGUUAAUGUUCACAAUGCUGAAACAAAUGGUUCAGCAAGUCAUCAUCCAGUGUUUCCAGGUAUCUCAGGAGCAUCUGUUGCUUGUGGACAUCAACAUUUACAUCACCGUCGUAGGGAGGCAGCGGUUGCAGCGGCAGCUGCGGCAAUUCAUAGGGAGUCUGCAUUUGAGGAAAAACUUUUACAACUGAUGCAAGAUGCGUUUCCUAAAAAAGACAGAAAGCGUAAGAAACGUGAUCCAGACAAACUUUUUUUACUCUCACUGUACGAAGAAAUGAAAAAAGUUCCAGAAGAAACUCGAUUAGACGUAAAAGCAGAGCUUAUUCAAGUGCUUAAAAGGUACCAGAAUAAAAGUACACAAAAAAUGAAUGUGGACAAAUCGAUAUCAAAACAGUUGCAGUCUACUGAAAAGGUAUCAAGACAAGAUACACCUCAAAUGCACCCACAGCAGCAACAUCCACAUAGCAUGUAUCAACUACAAAAAAAAUAUGAUAAAUCAGUUGAGAAGUCCGAUCAGCAACAAUCUAAUGCUUCAUCACAGCAACAAGUUGAAAGUACACAAAGGCAACAACAUUCUCAACCACCUCGUGAUACUAACGAUCCGCAAAGAAUUCAUGCUCAACAGAUUUCUCAUAGUUUAUUUCAAAUGCAAAAAAAGUAUGCGGAAGAAAAUGAUAAAGCCCACCAGCAACAGCAGCAACAACAACAACAAAGCGAACAGCAACGUAAGCAACUUAUAGAAAACCAAUCCCAUCCCCAUCAACAAACUCAGCAACCUCCACCACCACCGCCGCCACCGAACAACGACCAACACUUGCAUCACCCACAAAUGCCACAUGGAAUCUUGUUUCCUUUAGGACAAAUUCGCAAUGAGCAUCCUCAUCAGCAACAGUCCCAAGCUCAUCCUCAUCAACAACAUCACCAACAUCAUCCUACGCCCUUGUUUGCAGCUACCCCUCCUUCAGCAAUGAACGGAGAUCGCACUUUAACGUACGAAAACGUGGGAUAGGCUUCAAAUGACAUUUAUUAUUUAUAUUUUAUAUAUAAAAUAAAACUGUAAUCUCUUUCUGUUGCCUCUUCAUAGGCUUUUAAUGUUGUUUUCAGGGCUUUGUUCCGUUUAAUCAUUAAGAAUAUUAUUAGAUAAGCUUAUUUUUUAACAGCUUAACGAGAUAAUGCAAUAUUAGCUAAGGACUAUGUUAAAAUAAAAUUUGUUCGUAUUUUAUAAUUUUGUUUAUUUAGAGAAAUAUUUUAUCUAUACCUAUUGCAAGUGUCAACUUUAAAUAGAUAGUUGAUACAUAUCAAAGUCUUACAUUUAAUCAGCCAAUUGAUAAAAAUGUUAUUAAUUGAUUAAUUAAUGAAUGAAGGUGUAAGAUUGCUGAAUUACGGUAUUUAUCAACUAUGAAUUGAUAGUUGACAAUCGUAUAGGGAUGAUUAUUUUGGUCUAUGUUAUGUCAUCACUGUAACAACCUAUCGACUCGAAACGAAUGUUUGUAAUGGUUUAAGCUCAUAUUUCCCAGUUUUGCUAUAUAGGUUAAGGUGCCGGAAAACAAAACUUCGUUCUAAUCAUAAUACAUUGUAAUAAAACAAGAACUGUACUUU